CCGCACGUGGGCAAGCCGGAUCUCUGUGCAGGAGUUGUACCCGACAGGGGAGAUGCAGCUUCCGGCCGGGCUCCGAGCCUUAGAAUAGCAGAGUGUAGGCGGCUUGUGGGGGCGGGUCGGGUCGGGUCGUGGACCCGUGUGACGUAGGGGCGUACAGAGGAUGUCCCCUGGAUAGUUGGGACUCUCCCGGGUACUCAGUGCGUGAAGUGUGCGGAGUCUGUGCCUACUUGCUCCCGUUUCUAAAGAGAAGGGACGGGUUACAGGUUCGCCUUGAGUUACUGCCCAGGCAAGGACGCCUUGUAGUGAGGGGAAGAACAGCAGCCUGCAAUAGAAGACUGUGCACCGCCCCUUGUAAGGACAGAGGCGAAAGGGUUUUAGUCUGGAAGCAGUUUCCAGGAAGUGGGUCUCUGGGCCUGUUUUCUCUCAGAGGGCAGCUGCAGAACGCAUCUCUUCUAUUGCUGUACUGUUAGAAAAAGGUAGACAAGGGUGGUCUCUUACGUUUGUAUAUGCGCAGUGCAUACUCCUGGUGGCAAAGCAUAAUUUGGUAUAUGGUAACUGCUGAGCAUUAUUUCAGGGCUAAAAGCCACCUGGAGGGUGCACUGUAGGGCAGGUCCCAGGUGAAGGGGUCUCCUCCCUUAGCUGAUCUAAAAGGCUAGAAUCAUACUCGCCCCUCCUCUUGGGAAUUCUCGUCUUAGGAUAGUCAUUUUUGCCCCGAAGACUACCCUAGGACCGAGAACUGCAGCCGUGUCCUCCAGCAGCCAGCCAGGCAGCACAAAAUCAGCAAAGGGCUGGCUGGGUACUUGAGCCGCAGGGAAGCUGGUACAGCCCAUCUACGAAAGAGUCCUGGCUAUGUGACUUAACCUUGUCAAUUUUUAUAUUUUUCAGUACAAAUUAGCAAUGAACUUCCUAUUUUCAGAUUUUGUAAUGCUAGCACAGGUUCAUGUCAGAGAAGCAGGACUGCAAGCAGAUGGGGUGCUUCAAGGAGCAGUUAUGUCUGUCCUAUACCCAUCUCUGGAGGACCUGAAGGUGAGCCAAGUCAUCCAGGCCCAAGCCAGAGCCUCACCCAGGAUGCUCACUCCGUCAGCCCCGAUGGCUUCUGCACCCCCACUUUCAGAGUUGUACCCAAACUUGGCAGAACUGGAGAGUUAUAUGGGGCUGUCCCUCUCUAGCCAAGAAGUCCAGAAGAGCCUGCCUCAGAUUCCAGAUGGUGACAAUAUGGUGGUCACUAGCCCCGGGCCUGGCCAGGUGGCAGCGCCAGUCUCUGGGAACAACCUGGGGGUGCUGCGUGCAGAGAUCAAGCCUGGCAUGCGUGAGAUCCACCUGUGCAAGGACGAGCGUGGCAAGACUGGACUGCGCCUGCAGGCUGUUGACAAGGGGCUCUUUGUGCAGCUGGUCCAGGCCAACACCCCUGCAUCCCUCGUGGGGCUGCGCUUUGGGGACCAGAUCCUGCAGAUUGACGGGUGUGACUGUGCUGGGUGGAGCACAUACAAAGCUCACAAAGCACUGAAGAAGGCAUCCGCGGAGAAGAUUGUCAUGAUUGUUCGGGACAGGCCGUUCCAGCGGACUGUCACUAUGCACAAGGACAGCUCAGGCCAAGUUGGAUUUUUCAUCAAGAAGGGGAAGAUUGUAUCCGUGGUAAAGGGAAGCUCCGCAGCCCGUAAUGGACUUCUCACCAACCACUACGUGUGUGAGGUGAACGGACAGAACGUCAUUGGGCUAAAGGACAAAAAGAUUACGGAGAUUCUGACCACAGCCGGAAAUGUCGUCACACUGACUAUCAUCCCCACUGUGAUCUACGAGCAUAUGGUCAAAAAGUUGUCCCCACUGCUGCUUCACCACACCAUGGACCACUCCAUUCCAGACAUCUGAAGUCACGGGCAGCCCAGGCCUCCCGCCAUCCUGCAGCAGAUGGCAGUCCUCAGAUGACAGGUUGCAGCUGGCUUGCUGCCUGGGUCUGGGUACUGCAGGGGUCAUGUCCCAGGUGGACGCAUAUUGGAUGAGUCUGUCAUUGCUGUUUCCAGGCCUCCUUGGAUCCUGACUCCUCGCUAUGCUGAGGUACAGGAGGGACUGAGGUUCUCUGUACCCUAGCUGCUGGGCACUUAGGCAGAAUGGCAGAAUGUCACCGAAGGCAGCUGGGUCCCUCUGCAGACUUUCGCCUCUUCUAGAAAGUCAGCCACCUGACUUGACAGAGGAAUUCCUCGUGUGUUCUUUGCCUUCACUGAUCUUUGUCACAGAUUGUAUAUAGAUUACUUGUGUAACCCUUUACUGUCUUUUGAAUAAAGAGUGGAUUUUAAACACA